AUGCAUUCAACUGCAGAAAUGAGUCGGUUGUUGCAGCAAUGGGCGAAUGAUAUGGGAUAUGGCAUUGAACAGUCUCCGGAUUCAAUUGGAAUCGGGUUUCUAAGUAACGAUACUGCCCAUGAUCUAUGCAAGCAACAACUUAAUUCUUUAUGGAGUUUCUUGAUCCGUCGUGUACAUCCAAAACUUCAAGUUCAACACAUUCGUCGUCGUUUAGAGAGAUUCAAGCGUCACAUUGAAAAUGAGCCUUUCAGCUUAAAUCAGCAUUUGAAUCCAUCUGCUAAUAUAUCGGAAAAGCACAAAGAAUUAGAAAAGCAAAUCAAAGCUGCAAAAUCCAGAAACGAAACUCUAAGGUCUUGCAUUCAUCGUGAAGAAAUGGACCAAGCUGAUCUUAGACGUGCUAUGGAUGGAAUCGGAUUUGAAAUCGCACUACAGUCUGAAAAGUUGAAUGACAGGCAAAAAAGAGUUCUUUUGGCAGAUGCUCAUGCUAGGAAAUUGCUGGAAAACAGUGCAUCACUUUUGCGUGAUGCCGAGUAUUUGGCACAGUUGACAAACAGAAAUACAGUACCACAUAUAGAAAACGAACAAAAUAUUGUUACAGAUAUUAUUACAAUCAUGCGCGAUGCUGUUAAUGACAAGGGACUUGAUCUUGCUCGUGAUCCUACUACUGGUAUCAAGGAUCGAUCUCAAUAUGUUGAUCCAGGUCGAGUGGUGUUGUCUAUAUCUAAAGAUGUUGACCAAGAUCUUUCUUUUGUAAAUGAUUUGUCAAUUCCAGUAGACACUGCAAUGGAUUCGUUGAUAACUAGACUUAUAUCUCAAUUGGCAAAACAACAUUCACAGCGUUUUGUUGAAACAAAAGAACUUGAGGUUAAGAUUAAGAUGUUGGAGCGCGAUGUUGAUAUAAUUUCUACUCGACUCGCAGAACAGGUCAAACAUACUUGUAAUGAUUCAACUGAUGCGUUUAUUGAGCAUACUAUGCAUACUGCAAAUUUGUUGGCAACUCGCAAAGUACUUUCAAAAGCAAUGCUGUACAAGACACAAUUUGAGGAUUCAUUGCAAGAUACGCCCAAUACCAAUUCCGAUCCUUCGUCUUUAGCUUUUGACAACUAUCAAUUUGCUCAGAAUGAAAUGUCCAAACAUCAGGCUAUGCUGGAUGCAUUAAUAUCGACCACUCAUGGACUUCAUACGUUGAAUGUGGAUACUUUAAAUCAGGCAUGUACACCUAUUACUACUGAUUUUCAUGCCAUGUCAGUACCAGAAACAACAUGCAGAAUUCGACGAGUUCCAAAAGCUAUCAAGCAAUCUGGUAUUCAGAUGUUUGACCAAGUCAAAACAGUGUCCAUCAACAGAGCUCUUGUGUCGCUUAAUAAUGAUGAUGCUAAAAAAAAGGAAUGGAACUGGAUCAGUAAUGAACUCAUGACUCAGAUUCGAAAAGCAUCCAGUUGCAGACUAUACAAAUCAUAUCAAAGUGUUUUGGAUGAAAUGCAACUAUGUAAAUUUCAAGAUUUUCAAUUGACCACAAAGGAUCAGUAUACGAAUCACAUACUUCCAAUGAUGAACCAAAGCUUACAACAGGCUGAGCAAUCUCAUCGCACGUUUAAUUUAAUAGAUGGCAUUGUCAAAGAAAGAAACUGGUUUAUGCAUGAACGAAAGGAUCCUUUUGCUCCAAAUGGUUCUUUGGAAAACUAUAUUAACCAGAGAUGCGUUCCGUCACCAGAUAUUGGAUAA